AUUCUCAAAGAUUACCUUCUAAUAAUUAAAAUCCACUAAAAAGGAACCCUACAAUCUGCUUUUGAGAAAUAAAAAGAAACCCUUCAUCUCUAAAAACAUUCAUUCUUCAACAGUUGUUUGUGUGAAAAGUGGAGAAAAGUUUUGAGAAAACCCAAUGCAUAUUGUUUUGUUUACAGUUUGAGUAAUAGUCGACUCACUUCUCCCGCUCUUCCUCAAUCUCCAUCAGAUUCUCCGCCACCUUUGAUUUACCUUCGUUUUAUUCCCCCCCGGGAAUGGAGAACAAGUCAUCAAAACUUCUUUCUAAGAAGAAAGAAGCAACGCUAGAACUGGACAAUGGUAGUUUCAUUGAUCCUCUGGGUCGCCGCAAGUCCAAGCGUUUUAAGGCUGCAGCUGUGAGAGACUUCCCACCUCACUGUGGACCAAGCUCCACUGGGCUUAGAUCAAGCACGGAGCUGAUGAAGAACAACGCUUCUGAUGAAGCUGAGGUUGAUGAAAAGCUUGUUGAGGUAGUAACAGAGGGAGCUGAACAACAAGUGAAAGAUAUGAAGGGUGGCUGGCGAAGCGUUGGGAUAAAGCAGCUUGGUGGAAGAAAGAUUAUUGCAGUAAGAGACUUCCCUCCAAACACAGGAACCAAGUUUUCCGAUUAUGGAAAGACCGUGAAUGAUGAUGCUGCCUCCAAGAAAGAGAUAACAUUGGAUCCUACCAAAAGCAUGUCGCCACAUGUUUCGAAGCCAUUGGAAGCUGAGAAACCAAAGUUCACAAUUCCAAAACCAAACGAGACAGCAAGCAAAUUUAAAAAAACGGAAGGUGUUGUACUGCCUUCACCCUUGAGGCUUCUCCAGAAGAUAAAUAAAGAUAACGGCGAAGGAUCUAGUAGGAAAGAUAGUGAGACUUUAUCUACUGCUCCUUCACGUCCUAGGGGAGACACUAGCGCUAGGGACAAAGUUAUGGAAACUCUACGUUUAUUCAGUGAAGCUUGCAGAAAACUUAUCCGAGAGGAAGAAGCACACCCAAGGAAAAAAAACGGCAAACACUUCAACGUCUCCGUAGAGGCUUCAAAGAUCGUCAAGAGCAAAGGCAAGUACCUCAACGUCGGCACUCAGUUCAUAGGAACCGUCCCUGGAGUCGAAGUAGGCGACGAGUUCCAAUACAGAAUCGAACUAAACUUUCUCGGCAUACACAGAGCAAUCCAAGCUGGCAUCGACUACACUCGAGACGCCAACAAGGAGCUGCUCGCCGUGAGUAUAGUCGCCUCUGGUGGCUACGACGACGACCUUUUUAACUCCGACGUGUUGAUCUACACAGGCCAAGGCGGGAACCUAUCUAAAAAGUUCCAACAGGGGAACAUAACCAACGAACCUAAAGACCAGCAGCUUUUGAGAGGAAACCUCGCUUUAGCGAACAGUAUAGACAAACAGAACCCUGUGAGAGUCAUCAGAGGCAACAAGAAGACGCCACCUUCUGAUAAUAAUACCAAAAACUACGUCUACGACGGGUUGUAUCUUGUUGAAGAGUUUUGGAAAGAAGUAGGGUGUUUUGGGAAGCUUGUGUUCAAGUACAGGCUGCGCCGUAUCGCCGGGCAGCCUGAGCUUACUUGGAAAGUGGUUAAGAAGGCAAAAUCAUCAAAGGCUCGCGACGGUCUCUGCUGCGAUGAUAUCUCUGGAGGGAAAGAGAGGUUGCCUAUAUGCGCUGUUAACGAGAUAGACGAUGAGAAACCUCCUGUGUUUGACUACACUGUAAACAUGAUAUAUCCGGAUUGGUGCCAGCCGAUUCCUCCGAAGGGAUGCGGCUGCACGAAGCGCUGCAAAGACUCGAAGAACUGCUUUUGCGUCGCGAAAAACGAUGGAGAGUUGCCUUACAACUACGACGGAGCGAUUGUUUUUAGAAAGCCAAUGGUCUACGAGUGUGGCCCUCUCUGCAAAUGCCCGCCUGAUUGCUACCUCCGCGUCACGCAGAGAGGGAUCAAGAUCCAGCUUGAGAUCUUCAAAACCGAGUCGAGAGGAUGGGGAGUGAGGUCUCUAGAGUCUAUUCCUUCGGGGAGCUUUAUCUGCGAGUACGCAGGGGAGCUUCUACAGGAAAACGAAGCUGAUAGGCUUGCGGGUAAAGACGAGUAUCUAUUUGACAUUGGGACUGAUAAUGGGAGUAGUAGCUUCUACGAGAGUAGCUUCUUUACCAUAGACGCUGCGAGGAAAGGGAACGUGGGGAGGUUUAUAAACCAUAGCUGCUCGCCGAAUCUGUACGCGCAGGACGUUUUGUACCACCAUGAGGAUAUGAGGAUCCCUCAUGUGAUGCUCUUUGCGAAGGACAAUAUACCUCCGCUCAAGGAACUCACGUACUAUUACAACUAUAAGAUUGGUCAGGUGUUGGACGCUGACGGUAAUGUCAAGGUGAAGAAUUGCUAUUGUGGUUCGGCCAAGUGCAGUGGUAGGCUCUACUGAUAAGCAGCAGCUGAUGUUGCUAGCUUAUAUUCAUGUUCUUCUUAUGCUUAUUCUUUAUGUUCAGUGAAUUAGUAAUAGCAUUGGUAUUAUUAGUCUUUAUACUAUAGUCAAUUGCUGUUUGUGUUAUUUCCUUCAAACUCACCACAGUCCAAGUCUUUCCUAGGUUUUUUCCUUCCAUAAACGGCACUGUUUUUCUUUUCUAA